GUAAUGAGCAGUCGCAGGUUGGGAUCAGGCAGAAGCGUAGUCGAGAACAAGCCAAGGUCGGUAAUGAGCAGUCGCAGGUUGGGAUCAGGAAGAAGCGUAGCCGAGAACAAGCCAAGGUCCGUAAGGAGCAGUCGCGGGUUGGGAUCAGGCAGAAGCGUAGUCGAGAACAAGCCAAGGUCGGCAAUGAGCAGUCGCAGGUUGGGAUCAGGAAGAAGCGAAGUUGAGAACAAGCCAAGGGUCAAUAACGAGUGGUAGCAAGAUAUGGAUAAUACCAGAGAUGAUAAGGAGCACAAUACUGGCUGGAGAGCACAAUAAUCUGGCAAGCAGGAAGUACAGAGAUAUGGCUUAUAUCAGGAAGUUCAUGGGAGGAGCAAAGGGUUCAAGGUUCAUGAUAAACAAGGUCAAGGUAGGAUCAUCCAAAUAAUUUUCAAGGGAGCUGUCUAGCAUUCCAGGUGGCUCAGCAAGAAGAAACAUUGCCUCUCACCACAGAAGGCCCAGGUUUGGACCCAGGC